AUGGAUAUUCGCUUGAUCCCGAUGCUUAUACUUCUCUAUCUGUUGUCCUUCCUUGAUAGAGGAAAUAUUGGGAACGCCAAGAUCGAAGGUCUUCAAGAAGAUUUGGGGAUGAGCUCUGACGAGUAUAACUUAUGUCUGACGGUAUUCUUCUUCACGUAUGGUGUCUUCGAAGUACCAAGCAACUUACUCUUGAAGAAACUACGCCCUUCAAGAUGGAUCCCGUUCAUCAUGGUUGCAUGGGGGACAGUGAUGACAUUAAUGGGCAUAGUGAGGGACUUUCAUGGUUUACUCAUAACGAGGUUAUUUCUUGGCGCCGCUGAGGCGGGCCUCUAUCCUGGGUGUGCUUAUUAUCUCACCAUGUGGUAUACUCGACAUGAGAUACAGUAUCGCCAAGCCAUGUUCUUUUCCGCUGCCUCGAUCGCCGGCGCAUUCAGUGGGCUUCUAGCUUUCGUGAUCGCGAAAAUGGACGGCGUUGGUAACCUAGAAGGUUGGCGCUGGAUCUUUAUUCUCGAGGGACUUAUUACUAUAAUUAUCGCUUCCCUUGCGUUCUUCGCACUCCAUGAUUUCCCCGAAACUGCAUCAUUUCUUACUCAAAAAGAACGCGAGUUUGUCAUAUUUCGACUGAAAUAUCAGGGGCAGAUUCAAGGAAAAGAACCAGGGAACAUCCAGGUAGCCCAAGCGGAGGAGUUCAGGUGGAAAUAUGUCCUUGAUGCCUUUUUGGACUGGCAGGUUUGGGUGAAUGUCUUUGUCUUUUGGGGGAUUGUCUGUCCACUCUAUGGUAUAAGCUUCUUUCUUCCGACGAUUAUCAGAAAUAUGGGCUAUACUGCGAGCAUGGCGCAACUCAUGACUGUGCCAAUCUAUGCAGUAGCUGCAAUACUAUCAGUCAUAUUCGCUUUCAUGUCGGACCGUGUAGGAAAGCGCAGCCCAUUUAUCAUUUCAUUUCUCCUCGUGAUGAUCGUUGGUUAUUCGAUGUGUAUUUCCAGUGCGAAUCCUAAGGUAGUCUACUGCGGUGUCUUUUUAAUAUCAUGUGCCAUUUAUCCAGCAUUUCCAGGCUUAGUUAGCUGGUUGUCAAGUAAUCUGGCAGGGAGCUACAAGCGUAGUGCUGGGAUGGCUAUUCAAAUUGGCAUAGGCAAUCUCGGCGGAGCGAUGGCAUCGAAUUUCUACCGACAAAAGGAUUCUCCGCGAUAUAUACUUGGCCACGCCUUGGAACUAGGGUUCAUUAGUGCUGGUAUUAUUGCCGCUCUGAUUCUUGUUUUAGCAUAUGCUACUAUCAACAAGGCGAGGGAAAAGGCCAUAGAACAAGGGCUCGAUUCUCAAUUCACGGCUGAGGAGCUCUCUGCGAAAGGCGACAGGGCCGUCACGUUCCGAUAUAUGAUUUAG